CAUUUCACAUUCUCAUAUUUUUCUCUGAAUUUUCUUGAUCCUACCGCUCUAACUCCUCUAUACCAUUCAACCCCAAAAACCCCAUAUUUAAAGUUGGUUAUGGGAAAAAGAAAGAGAAAAGCUGACCUCAACAAGACUCCUCCUCCUUCAGACCUGAUGCCACCCUCACCCGGAAUGGAUGCAUUAUCAAAACAGAAAUUCUCUCGUCAAGUCAACAAUAGUGGAAUGAAGUCUUUCUUAUCCAUUGCGGAUAUCGUAGAUGGUCCUGUGAAGGUAACACAAGGCCAACAAUCAUCUAUUGUUCACCGUCGAAAUAUUGACAUUCUAAAGUCUUUGAGGCAUCCCCGUCACUAUGGCCGCCAUUAUUCUCGACGGAGGUCUGCUGCUAAUGCUGAGGCAUCAGCUUCCCACGGUGGUCAUACGCCUUCUUAUGAUGAGAAGUUGUCCUUAAAAAUGGCAAGCAAAUGCUAUUCAGAUUCUAGACAUGACACAGAGAAUAGGCAAAGAGCAGUUCACAAACCAGAAGGAGCUCCAUCCAGUUCAUUGGCGACGAGGGUGAUAUCAUCCGCUGCGGGAAAACUCUUUUGUGUAUUAUGCCAGAAGUUUCUGAAGGAGGACCCUUACAUCAUGCUUGAAAACAAUUUACCUGUAGGCGAGACGUGCGUGGUGGCAGUUUUAGCUUGUGGUCAUCUUUACCAUGGUGAUUGUUUGGAACGGAGAACAAACCGUGAAGAUAGACAGGAUCCACCCUGUCCAAUUUGUCUCGGCUUGGUUUCUCAGGUUGAUGCUUCAGUAGAACAAGAGUAGGUCAGCUUUUGUGCCUGGAUACCGAUAAUCUUUUUGGAGAUUAGAUGUAUUUAGAGGCAAAUGUAGCCGGUUGAGCGAUUAAGAAUCAUCUAGAGAGUUACAAGCUUUGUACAUGAUUUUCAAUGUUUUUUUAUGUGCAAAUAUAUUAUAGGAAAGAGUUGAAAUGAUAAUGGCAUCAUGUAUGGGGGGCUUUUCUUCUUCACAAUGUAAGACUGGUUGGUUCUUGCUACUAGAUCAAUGUCCAUGUAUAUAUUUUCCAGCUA